AUGAAUAAUGUUGAGACCAAUAAACUUGCUCACAGUGAAAACCAUAGUGGUCAGACUGUGAAAAGGAUUCACGCUCCUGCGAAGCUGAAGCCAGAGUUUAACGUGGUAGAUUCUUGGAAUAGUUUGACACAGGUGACUAGACCGGAACCAUCGAGGAGUUCCAAACCAAUUCUGAUUGGUGUUUAA